CGCCAGCGCUGCUGGGCUCCCGUGCGGCGCCGGCCGCCCCCGGUCGGUAGCGGCAGCCCUCCCGCAGGGCGGGCUCAGCGCAGGGGGCUGCCUGUCCUGCGGUCGCCAGCCCGGCUGCAGCUCGGCGAGAGGGGGGGUGGCGGGGGAAGCUCGGUUGCCUCCAGGACCGGUUCUCUGCCCCCUCCUUCUCGCCCUCCCUCCGCCGCGGCGGAGGUCUGCGCGGCUAACCGCGCCUCUCACCGCAGGGGCCUCCCCGUAUGGUCCCCGCUGCUGCCAUGAGCCAGGCCCCGGCCCCCCGCGGCCCUGACCCGCCGGAGAGCGAUGCCCACAGUGGAGCCCCCAGCCGGGGCCCCGGCCGAGGGAUGCCGCCGCCGCCCAGCCUGCCCCAGCUCCUCCACAAUGCUGCCAAGCUCCUGGAGAAGAGUCCAUUCUCUGUUGGUGCCCCGAGCCCCCUGCUCCCCUCGCCGGCAAGCCUGCAGCUGGCGCAGCUCCAGGCACAGCUCACGCUCCACAGGCUGAAGUUGGCUCAGACUGCCGUCACCAACAACCCAGCUGCUGCCACUGUCCUCAACCAGGUGCUCUCCAAAGUGGCCAUGUCUCAGCCACUCUUCAACCAGCUGAGGCACCCCACCAUGAUGAACACCCCACAGGGCCAUGCUGCAGGACCACCACAGGGGCCCAACAUUGCCAGCACAAGGUUCCCCUCUGGUGGCAUUGCCUUUCCGGCCCAGACCCCAGCCUUAGCCACACCAGGAGGUGGCCUGGGUCCUGUCCAGGCUCAGACCCCCAACGCCAUUGUCAUGAGUCCCUUUGGAGGUGUCAUGGCUCCAGCCUCUGGCCAGCAACCCAUGGUGGUGGGUCUAAACAAGGCAGGUGCCUCCAGUUCUGCUGCUGUGGGGGGCUUUUAUGAGUACAACAAGCAAAACACUACCGCUGCCACCCCUCAGGCAUACACCUUGGAGGGGGACCAGCCUGGCCAGCACGGCUUCCUUGCCGGCGGGGCCCAUGCAGCCUCCUCAGUGACGGGGCCACGCUACGAGGGUCACUUUGGGGCUCCCAACCAGCUGCAGCAGGAGGCAGCGGUGGCCUUUCCCAAGGAGGCCUACGGAGCAGCGGCACAGCAUGGAGCAGCACGGCCCUUCCCCAGCGACCCGCACGCCAGCUCCCAUCCGAAAGGAGAGCCUGGCCCUGUCUUGCAUGGCAGCAGUACAAGCAACCAGUGGGAAAAUAUCCCUAAUUUCUCCAGCCAAAACAAGCCUGACCUCAUGCCCGGCGACAGCCUGUGGCCGUCAGCAAGUCAGCAGCAGUAUGAAAUAAGAAACGAGAUCUACAACCCUGAAGAGCCGACACCUGACACAAAGUUCAGUGCAGCCACCCCCCCAGCCUUCGGCCGCCUCAACCACAGCAAGCAGAGCUUCGGCAGCCCUCGCAUGAGGCAGAAGGAGGAGCGGAGCGGGGGUGUGCCUGACCUGCCCGCCCGCUCCCUGCCGCCGCACCAGUUGGGCGACCUCCACGGCACGGCCCCACUCCACUUCCCCCACGUCUGCACCCUCUGUGACAAGAAGAUCUUCGAUCUGAAGGAUUGGGAUCAGCACAUUAAAGGAAGUCUUCACAUCCAAAAAUGUAUGGCUUUUUCAGAUAACACUGGUAUUCGUUGUGUGUUGAACUCAGCAGAUGGAGCAUUGCAUUUAUCACCAAACAAUGCAGCAGUUUUUAAUCCAUCUAGUAUCGAAGAUUAUCCACCAAAUGUCGGCGCAUCAUUUAUCACUACAUCAGCAAGAUCCUUUGGGCAGCCAGGUCCUACAUUUUCUUCUCCUUCAUCAGGGUUUCCCCAGAGGAAAUCUACACUGGGUCGCGUUGUUCACAUCUGUAACCUCCCUGAGGGAAGCUGCACAGAGAAUGAUGUCAUUAACCUGGGCCUCCCGUUUGGAAAGGUCACCAACUAUAUCCUCAUGAAAUCUACUAAUCAGGCCUUUCUGGAAAUGGCUUACAGUGAAGCAGCACAAGCCAUGGUGCAGUACUACAAAGAAAAGCCUGCUAUGAUAAACGAUGACAAGUUACUUAUUAGGAUGUCUAAACGAUACAAGGAAUUGCAGCUGAAGAAACCAGGUAAGAACGUGGCUGCUAUUAUCCAGGACAUCCACUCACAGAGGGAGAGGGACCUGAUGCGUGAAUUAGACAGCAGGUAUGGCACGGAGAGGCCCCGCUCUCGCAGCCCCAUAAGCCGCUCCCUAUCACCCCGGUCGCACACUCCCAGCUUUACUUCCUGCAGUUCACCCCACAGCCCGAUGGGAACUGGCAGGACUGACUGGGGAAAUGGGAGGGAGUCGUGGGAUCAGUCUCCGUAUUCUCGACGGGAAGAGGACAGAGACAGCAGAGAAUGGCGAGAGAAUGGGGAUGAGAAGAGGGACAGGACUGACACAUGGUUACAUGAGAGGAAACAUUAUUCCCGACAGCUGGACAAGUUUGAUUUGGAUGAACGGAUUGAAGGAAGCAGGGGGCACAGGGAAAAAUAUUUAAGGAGUGGUUCCCCUGGCUCCCUUCACCCUUUAUCUGGCUACAAGAGCAGAGAAGAUGACUACUACCGAAAAACCUCCAAGUCAAAAUCUGACAAGUUUCAGAGGCAGCAGCAGGAUUUACCUGGCAGAUCGAAGAGAAAGGAAGAGGGCAAGUCAAGGGAACGCAGGCACUCUUACAGCGAGGAUGCUGCCAGGGACGAGGUGGCUGAGCAGAAGCACAGCAAAGCAUCCGAGGGCUCCAGGCAAAAACAAAGUGAUAAGAAUAAAGUGAAGAAAGCCGAAAAAGACCAAGAGGAAGAUGCUGCUGCUGAAGACAGUGAUGUGAAGGAAACCAAACCUCUCAAAAAUGAGCAUGGAAAAGAGGAGCAAGUUCCAGAGGAGAGCUCACCUUCGGCUGAUAAACAAGGAAAAGAAUCUGGAGAGAUUCUGGAAAACACAAGAAAAGAGAAGGACCGAGACUGGGAGAGUGGAAGUGAGAUAGAAGGUGAGACCUGGUAUCCUACUAACAUGGAGGAAUUAGUGACAGUAGAUGAAGUGGGAGAAGAUGAUUUAAUUAUGGAGCCUGAUAUAACUGAGCUCGAAGAAAUAGUACCAGUUGAUCAGAAAAAUAAAACUGCUUCAGAAGUGUGUCCCUGUAUGUCAGACACAUUAGAACUGAAAAAUGAUCACAGCCAUUUAACCAGAACUGAAGACAAAUUUGCCCAGGAAGCUUUAGAAACAAACUUCGGAUCAGCAAAGGGCAGUGUAGCUUCUGGCUGUCAGGAUGAUGAUGAAGAUGAUGAUAAUGAUGAUGUUGUAACUGAAGCAUCAAGCAUAAAUCUGGACUCUCAGCAGAAGCCAGAGGAACUUCAUGAAGACCAAUCUGCUAAGGAGUCUGAUGCCCAGCAGAAGGAAGGAAAAAUUGAUAAGAGCCCUGACACUUGUUUAGAGCUGGAAGAUCACCAUACACCUUCUGUUAAUCUGAAAGGAGAGACUCUCCAUCUCCCUGAUACGUUUGUAGAUGAGUACAAACAGAUGGGAUCACAAGGAGCUGAGAGUGGAGAAGUUAUGGAAAUGCUUGUUAAAAACACCAGUGAAGAAAGAAGACAUGGAAGCCAAGAGUGUCCAGAGGCCAAGGCAAAUUCUAGGUACCUCGAAACGAGAUCUUUGGAAUACCCAGAGGGAGACUCUAACAGGAGGCACUCUCCGCCAGGCUGGGAACAAGAGGAUGUCUUCACCGAGCUCAGCAUUCCCCUGGGUGUGGAAUUUGUGGUGCCUAGAACUGGGUUUUACUGCAAGCUCUGUGGACUUUUCUACACAAAUGAAGAGACAGCAAAGACAAAUCACUGCAGAAGUACUGUUCAUUACAAAAAUCUUCAGAAGUAUCUAUCCCAGCUUGCAGAAGAGAGCCUGAAGAUGAAGGAAGAAGGCAGCCAUCUGCCUCAGGAUGACACUGGCAUUGUUCCUCACUUUGCAAAGAAGAAGCUAUGAUAUGGAUGAACUGGAAAAGCUGUGAUGAGUGAAUGCUGAUACUUUAUUAUUUUUAUUUCUACAAUAUAACUGUCAAUUUGCACUGUACAGAGGAGGGGAAAUAAACAGCAUGUUCCAUGCAUCUAUGCCCGGAGUGCCAUUACAAACCAAAAUGCCUGAAACUGUUUCCCACGGUGAAGCAAUGCUGGCAUAUCUGUAAGAAGUGGAGCAAUUCUUUCUCACACUCUGCAUGCUGGGAGUGGUUUCCUAGAUUAAAUCAGAAUUCUCAGGGAUUCUUAAAGUUUUAAUUCUGAUGUGACACAUCAGGUCAGGCAGAGUGUUUAAAAGCACUCGCAUCCUUCAGCGGACACUGGAAGGAAAAGAGAUGUGACUAUAAAUAGGCUUCAAUGUUGCUCAAAAUACCUUCAGCCAUUUCACUCAUUGCUCCAGCAAGAAGUAGCAUUUGCAUAGGACAUCUAGAGCCAUUGUGCUAAAAGUAGUCUGUAGAUGGCAUAAUAUAAACCCCAUCGGCAUCCACCUUCGUGUGUCUCAGAGCUUGGUGAGAUGACAGAAUGUUUGUGUUGUGAAGCACUGACUGUACACUGACUGUGUUGUACGAACGCAGGGGGAGCCACAGUCUGUCCCAGGGACCUUAUAGCCUGAGUCCAGCGCAGCCAGAGCAAUGGGAAAACACCUGCUAACAGCCAGCCUGCCUGCUCUGCUCUGGGUUUCAGCUUUCCAUGGUGUGAGCAGGAUGUUCUCCAGGUACCAUUUUGUUUGAAACUCUUCUUUUUGAUAAUUCUAAAAGGUGCCAACUUUGAGUCUUACAGACUUGAAACUCUCACGAGAGGCUUUUUAAAGUGCCAAAUGUUCGGACCAUGUUUCUUUUAGACAUUUUCUUUGAGAUCCUUGCUUUUGGGGUCUUUUUGUUUGGUUUGUUUUUUUUUUUUUUUUCCAAGCUCGCUUUCUUUCAGCUUAGUAGUGUUGAAUUUUCCUGGUUUUCAUGGAAAGAUGCCAGACUUUUAAUACUGUUUUUGUAUUUUAUUUCCCUGAAUUUUUUAAGACGAAUACAACAACUGAUGGCUCACAGAGUGCUGCACUGAGAACACAGGAUGCACCAGCAGCUCUGGCAUUACUAUGAGCUAUUGUUUUUGCACAGUUGUUGCUUAGUAUUUUGCAAAGUCUCUUUGAAAUGCACUGUACAAGUUUCUGGUCCAUUUCAAUAGGGCUUUGUUGUAGUAAAGUGAACACGUAUGCAAACCACUGCCAGGAUUGAUCCCAGAGUCAUGCUUGUAUAAAAUACCCUACGUGAUCCAGGCAGAUGGGGAUUUGCAGACGUAUUUCCAUUCUUUGCCUGACUCUAAUAUUUAUCACAGUAUGUUCUGUAAAAAUUGCUGGUGCUGGAUGUCUUGUUUAGAUGUUGUGCAGAGCAGAUAGUUUCCCAGAAGGUUCUAUCCAACCCUAAGAAUGACAUGGAUGUCACAAAAUAUUGCAGUGGCUGAAUUGCCAAAACUGCUUCCACCAAAGUGUUUGUUCCAUUAUGUCUUAUGCCAGCAGCCAUGCUCAUUGUCUGAAGUACGCUGAAGUUGCCGCACAGUGUGUCUCAGAGGUGCCUGACGUUGUUGCCUGGAGCCCUCUGCCGUUACAUGGCCUGUGCUUUCCACUCUUUUUUUACCAGGAUGGGUUCAGAUUUCAUAUUUGGAAUUCUUGCUUCUUGCAAGCCAAGGGAUUCUUUGCAUCCCAAAUUCAUAUGUGGCAAAACCAAAAGAGAAGAGGAAAUGAAAAACAUUACAGGCUAAAUCCUCCUUUGUCCAGACUUGAAGUAUGUGAAGACUUGGGUCCAUCUGUCAUAUAAACCAGCUUUUGUUUGUUUGUUUUUCCCUCUAGGAAAAAAAUAUAAUAGUAAUACUGCAAAUCAGGUAUUUUUCCUUCAAGGGUUAGGUUUUUUUCUUUGACUGUUUGUUUUCCACAUUGCAGUGAAAUUUGAGCACAGGGCUGUUAGGGCAAGAGCUUGUAUUGCAAGCUGUGAGAUUACGAAAAUAGCAAUAAAGAUUGUGCAAUUGUCUUCUAAAGCACAGCUCUCAAAGCUGGCCGUGUAUCAUCUGAAUAUGAAGUUCCCUUCAUGCCCUUCAGCACAAUCUGAGCACAAGGGAAGGAAAUCACUACAAAUGCAAGUAUCAAAUCUUUGAAGCUAACCUUGCUAUCAAAGUGGGGCUCUCACCGGCCUAAUGGGAGCUUGUUAGACCAUGUGGUUAUGCUUAAUUGGAUGUGAGACAUAGCUGACUGUAUAUCAAAGUCAUAUGCCUCCAGCAACUUUAUCCCCAGGUAACCUCAAAUGAGAAAAGUAUCACUGUUAUUAUUCUUUAUUUGUAUUGCAGUAGAAACUACAGGUCCACUGCCUUUAUUAUAGGCACAGCACAAAUCCACAACAAAGACUUUCCCAGGCCAAAGAGUUUAAAAUCAGACCUUCUGAAAACAAGACAACAGGUGGAUACAGGCAAGCAAGGAAAGCAGUAGGUAACCAUGAGAUUUUGACUGGCAGCAGAAAAAUAAUUAAAAUGAGUGUCUACCCAGAGGCUUACUUUUGGAUUUACAGGAGAUGAUUCAAACAACUUUUCCCCCUCCUCUGGUUCUGAACCAGGUUCACUCCUAUUAUUCACAGCUUGCAUAUUUAAUCUUUUUUUUUUUCCCUGGCCAGUUGCAUUAGACAUGCAACAUCCCACCUUGAGAAAGUGGGUCUUGAUGUCCUUUAGACCCUGAUAACUUUAGUUUAGUUUUGGUCUCCAUCCAGGACUCCAAAAGCUAGAGUCUUGACCAAGCCUCACCAGAUACCUUGUUUGUGCUAUGGGUGCGGACCCUUGCUUGCUGCUGAGGAAGGAGGUGGCCCCAGAUGGCAUCUCUGCCAUAUGUAGUUUCCUCUUCUGGAGGUAGAUGAGUCAGAGGAGUGAUGCAGGUACAGUGCCCAACCCUGCAAAUGUGAUCAGAUGCAGAUGCAUUGGUAGAGGUGGUUUGGACACCUUGUACCUUUGGGCUCUGUCCAGGCACAAAAGCAAUCUGCAAAAUCCUGGGUACAGCCGAACAGGCAAUUCACCUUCUGAGAAGGUACUUCCUCCCCCUAAAACUCAACAUUUGAAAACACUUAAGAGCAAUCCCAAGUCUGAACUAACUCCUAAUGAUCCCUCUGAUUAGUUUUCACCCUGAUGCACUUUGAGAACUUGGAGAUAAUCUCCUUCCCUCUCCAACCAGGCCAUCAUGCAAUGCUGACAGGCACUCAACUCCUCAACUUCUCUCCACUACCUAUUGUGCUGAGGAAGAUGGCCAUUGUAGGCAGACUCUUACUUUUCUCAGCUCGUGUAAAAAUGCCUUGUUUCUUUUGGUUUAUUGUAUUUUUAAUCUUGACUUCUUUUAGGUAGCAUAAUUCAUCACUAUAAUCCACGCUGUUUAUUAUUAUGAGUAUAUAUAUAUAUAUCACAAAGCAGGCUCAGGUCUAGCCAUACAGAUAUUGAUAUUUAAAAAGAGGCUUCCUUAAUAUAUACAAACCAUUUCAACACAUUUCAACCAAAGAAUGCACUUUUUUAAUAGGGACUAUGUUGUUUUGGUGGGGUUGGUUUGUUUGGGUUAUUUUUUUUCCAUCUUUGUGAAAUCUGUAUUGAUCUCCAGUAGUCUUUAAUGUCAAUCUGCAAUUUGCUUUCUUUGAAGUAAAAAAUAAAAGAAUUAAACACUUGCCCCAUAAAACUAGACAAAGUUUCACAUUGGCUUUAACACUAAAUUAGUGUUAGGCUGAUUAUAUUCAGGGUUUUUCUAUUCUCUAAGUAUUAAGGCUGUGAUUUGUUGAAUUAUACUUGAACUGGACCAGAUGUACUAUUUAUUGAGCUUACAUAAUCUUGUUAAUUUAAGUUUUGGCUUGUAAACAGUUGGAAUUUGUUAGUACUUGUUUCAUAAUGUAGGAACUGUCACCAAUAUUAACUGAUCUAUGUAACUGAUUGCAAAGUGUUUCAAUUUGUGUUUCUUAAAAAGAAAGAUUUUAAUAAAGAGAAUUAUAAAGCA